AUGGAGGCUGGCAAUGGCAUGGAGGAGUCCCUGCUGCCUCUGGCACUGACCAGGUUUCAGGUCUCCGAGGAGUUUGGCUUCCUGCUUCCCAGUCCUCUGACAGAGCUGCCAGCGCCUUACGGCCCCUGGAUGGAGAUUGCCCGCGAGCUGCCCCAGCUGAUCACGAGCCACCAACUCCGCUCACGUGUUCACCAGAUGCCACAGCUGAGCGCCCAGCACCUCCAAGGGCGUGAGGAGCUGCACUUGGCUCACCUGGUGCUCAGCUUCAUCACCAUGGGCUACGUCUGGCAAGAGGGCGAGGAGGGCACUGUGCAGGUUCUGCCCCAAAAUCUCGCCGUCCCCUACUGGGAGGUCUCACAGGCCCUGGGCCUCCCACCCAUCCUCAGCCACGCGGACUUUGUGUUGGCCAACUGGAGGAGGAAGGACCCCAACGGGCCUCUGGAAAUCGAAAACCUGGACACCAUCAUCACACUGCCUGGAGGAGAGAGCCUGCGAGGCUUCAUCCUCGUCACCCUCCUGGUUGAGAAAGCAGCUGUGCCUGGCAUUAAGGCAGUCGUCCAGGCCCUUGGUGCCAUCCUGCAGCAUGAUAAGGAGGCCCUGUGCAGAGCCCUGGAGGAGCUGGCAGGGGCCAUUGGGGCUAUGAGUGAGGCGCUGAGGCGGAUGCAUGACUAUGUGGAUCCAGCAGUAUUCUAUGCUGUGAUACGGAUCUUUCUCUCUGGCUGGAAGGACAACCCUGCCAUGCCAGACGGGCUCAUCUAUGAAGGCGUGUCCAAGGAGCCCAUGGCAUACUCGGGAGGGAGUGCGGCUCAGAGCACAGUCCUGCACGCCUUCGAUGAGCUCCUGGGGAUCCGCCACAGCGAGGACAGCACUGCCUUCCUGCACAGGAUGAGAGACUACAUGCCCCGGCCCCACAGAGCCUUCGUGGAGGAGAUCCACCAUGCCCCGUCCCUGAGGCAGCACGUGCUCUCCUCCGGGGACGCGCAGCUCCGCGCGGUGUUCAACCAGUGUGUGUCUGCACUGGCAGACUUCAGGUCCUACCACAUCAUCAUCGUCACCAAGUACAUCAGCGUCGCGGCGGCCAAAGUCAAGGCCAGGCAGGCAGAGCCAGGCGCCAGGGUUGGCUCCUCCGUGGGGAAACCUCCAUCUGCGCUGGAGGCCAAAGGCACUGGUGGGUCCCACAUUUUCACCUUCCUGAAGAGCAUCAGGGACACCACCAGGGAGGGGAUGAUAA